UGAUUAUUUUUCUCAUAUUUUAAUUUAUGCUAUCUUUUAAGUAUUACAUUUGCCUUUUACUAAUAGCAGAAGGAACUCCUCUUAUUCUUUCUAACUAUUAUACUUACGUUAUUGGUGUCUCUGUGAUGUCCUCAAACUGUUUUCUUUUUUAAUCCAGUUUGAACAAAUUGUGCCCAUGGAUCACUAAAACAAAUGUAUACAGAGAAGGAGGUGGGGGAGAGGACUGAGGGGUUGAAUCCUUAUUUAAAUUAUGUAUGUCUGGGUGAGAGCUUGGAAGGAAAAGGUUUAUUUUAAUGCUCUUCAGUACUUUAAUUAUAUGACAGUUGUAGUGUGGAAAAUGCAAAAGUACCCUUAGGUUUUCCUUCAGGUUUUCAAAAGAAUUUUCCCCAUUAGUAAACUACUGCUGCAAAUUGCUGUUGCAUUUCCCAGCUAACCAUUUAAAAGACUGUAAAUGCUGUGUGCAUUACUCGGCUCCAGAGGGAAGAGGUCAGACUGAAUUGCAAUGGUAUUUAAACAUAAAAAUGCAGGGAAAAUAAAUCAAAAUACAGCAUCUGAAGGUAAAUUUAGCACAUUCACAAGGGAUAUGUAAAGAUAAAGUUUUGUAUUUUCAUUCAUUUAACACCUUUUUAAAAAAUGAAAGCGCAAUCUUUUUUUAACAAUACAUAUAGUAAGUAGGUGUUAAGAAUCUUUUUUAUCUUUAUUUAUUAAUGAUGCUUUUCCUUUGACCAAGCAGCAUUGUUUUGAAAGCUGAACUACUUUCUACCAUAGAUUAUAGAUUGCACAUUCCUCACCACAAAAAUUAUCAUAUUUAAUUAAUAAAUUUAGGGUAUGUCUUGUGCAUAUAUCUAAACAUGCACAUACUUCACUCACGGAGCUAUGAAGGUGGAACAUACAUAUAUGUGGAUUUUAGUGUAUCAACAAACAUAUAUAUAUGGCUUUGGGAAGCAUAAGAAUCAAUAGAUAUUUUGUUAAGAAGAAAUUAAGACUGACCAUCUCCUGAACUGGGUUCACAGUUGAUUGUAAAGGAGGUUGACAUGGUCGACAAAUUUAUCAAAGAAAGUCCUUUGCUUUUGAGAGAUAGCACUUUAUAUACAUCUGGAUCUGUACACACACUCAAAGUAAGUAAAUUAUUGCAUAACUUUAAACAUAAUUGAUAACAGACACCUUUAAUUUUUCAUCUCCAUUCUUUUGGCCAGCUUUCACAUUAAUAAUCUAAGCCAUAAAUGUUGGUAGCUAUUGAUCGAAAUCCCCUGUGUGCAUGCAAAUCCAUCUUAAAGUCCCCUGCCUUUCAUGUGUGUGCGGGCAGGGGCCUCCACUAGAUCUUUUUAUCGGGAUCGACCCCCAAGGUUCCUGGAGAAGACCCCGGAUAUACAACGUGUGCUGAUGGCCACAAGAAAGCUGUCUGUCACAUUCUUCGUGCACACACACACACACACACACACACACACAACACACACACACAGGGGGAAGUUAAAGGAACAAAAGAAUGCAUUUGACAUUCAGAAAGAUUCUUACUAGAAGUAUAAAAAUAUAUAAAUGUGUGAAUAUGUGAGCACAUACAGAGAUACAUAUCACGUUUAAAUAGAGGUAACAUUUCCCAAGAUUUCUGGCUUUUGUUUUUCCCUAUUUGACUCUCACUAACUGUAUUUGUUAUUUUUUUUAACCCAACAUAUUUGCUACUGGUAUUUAGAGCAUUCUAUGCUGCAAACAUCUUAAGAGAUGGCUAAGAGGGAAGUCAGGUAAUUUUGAAAGUUACUAAAUCAUGUUGCCGUGUGCGUGUGUGUGUGUGUGUGUGUGUGUGUGUGAGAGAGAGAGAGAGAGAGAGAGAGAGAGAGAGAGAGAGAGAGAGAGAGAAAGAAAGAAAGAAAGAAAGAAAAUCUAAACAGGACUAGAGAACAGCUAAACUACCUGGCAAGAGAAGACUGUCUAUCCAACCUUUUGUGAUCUCUUCUCAAAGGCUUUCUCUGAGUUUACUGUUUCUUGACGGUUUGACUCUAUAGUCUUAACCUUAAAGCGGGGGGGAGGGGAAUUGGGCGGAGGGGAGCUGGGAGGGAGGAGAGUUGGCAGUAUAUAAGUGCAUCAGGAGGAAUUUUUAAACGACAUUAUUGUCUCUGGCAAUAGAAAGGCUCUGAUGAUUCUACUUUGUAAAACAAAUACCAGCAUCUGUUUUGCCACGAAACUUUGCUUUCUGCUCAGAGAUUGUGCAUUCUGCCUCCUGUGAAAGUGAAGGAGAAAUCCGCGGCGUGAUAGAUCCCGAUGCACCAGAAAGCUAACUCGGUGGAUGGUCUGAGCUGUGACGAGGCAUUGUUCAUUCUGCCUCUCGGUUACGUUGAAAGCCUGAAAUAUCACGAGAUCCAUUCAAUGAGCCUUCUUUCAUUCAAGGGACAAAAAUGUAAUUUGCUAUAGCUCUGAUUUCUUGGAUGGAAAUGCUAUCCUUAGAUUUCAAAGGCAAGAACUAGACAUCGUGGUUUGUACACACAUUGAUUAAGUUGAAGAGCGGCGAUUACAUCGGUGCUGAGUGCAACAGUAGUCCAAGGCUGACUUUUCAAAUCCCAGCCUCCUGAGUUACAGACUCUCCUAAAUAGACUUCCUUAAUUUCCGGAUGUACUUCUUGAAAUUCCCAAUUCUCUUCAGAAUUCCUGGGAAAUUGCAAGGGAGCUGAAGUGGGGGUGGGGAGCUGUGGCAUAGAUUCCGCCUUGUCAUGCAAAACUACCUUUUUUCUCCUUUCCCCUGUUAAAUUCUUGAUUUUUAUUUUUAUUUUGUCUUAUCUACUGGUGAUAAACUCUCCAGGCCAUGGCAGUGGAAGCUGGAACUUUUGAAUGAGAAGGAAGACAUUAUUAUACACCUUUUCCCCUCAUUGAAGCACCCCCCAAAAAAAAUAUCCGUUUAUUCUUUUAACCACUCGGAUGUGUCUAUUUUUGGAGGAGCAAGAAUCUAUAUAAGUGUCUAUGUUGCAUCCAGUUUGCAGUUGCAAACGUUAACAGAGGAGAGUUAGUGGGACUUUGCAGAAUUUUACAUAUCAGCUUGCAAUCUGCCAAGGGAAGCAUUGUAAUCCAAGUAAGAAGCUUGCUCUCACUUGGCAGUCUUUGGGAUAUCCUUGUGAAUGACACGAAAAUGUCUUUAAGGUACCUAAGAAGAAGUUAAAUCUUACUGUUACAUAUCCAAAGUGAAUUAAAAAAAAAGAUUAGAAUGCUUGGCUUCCACGGAAAAAUAGAAGACUGUGAAAAAGCUCAUUGAAAACUACCAACCAGGAACAUCACAGACUACUGAAAGUCUACAUCACACAGCAGCACUUUUUUUUUCAUCAUUAUUACGUAAAACCUCUGGAAGCACCUUGGGUGUUUUACAUUUUCUUUUCUUUGCUGCAGAAGCAAUCAGCUCCCUGGAAUCCUGACUGCACAAUCCAACACCCUGGAAUUGCCUAGGCUGGGGAUUCUACUACGAUUUUGCAGGCGAUCCAGCCUGGUUAAUUGUGAAAAGUGCACACAUUUCUGGCUUAUCUAUGCUUUGUUAUGGGUCUGACAUGAAACCACCUCCUCCCUCCAUACUACAGAGCAGAUAUUCUGUUGAACUGUUACUGUAUUUCGGAGCAGAAGCCUUCGACAGCCUCCACAAUCAAAUAACUUUGUUGCUGGAUGUAAAAAGGCUAGAUUAAGCAAAAGAGGAAAAUCAAGGGAAAUCCAAAACGUAAGUAUCUGCUAGGGGUGGUGAACAGUCGAGGGUUUAACUUUGUAGUUCCCAGCCUCCCUUCCCCACUCCCAUAAGGGAAACACCAGGCGAUUCUGCACAUUUCCCCUUAGCUCCAUUUUCCAGAAAGGAGAAGGGAAUGAGUGCUUAUGUAGACGUGGUAAUAUUUUUAAAGUCCCUUUCCUUUUAAAGGAUGAUACAUUGUGUCCGUAAAACGCCAAGAAAGCAAAAAUAAGCAGUAUUCCUUUAAAUACAUAUAUAGUAUUUUUUAAAGCCUACAAGGCAUGCACAUCCUACUGGAGAUGAAGUCUGUGAGCCAGUGUAUUUGAGCUCCGAUAGUUUAAUAGAAAGAUUUAUAUACUAACUGUAUUAUUUACUUUGGGAGGGGAGGUGGCAGUAUAAGGGUAUGCUAAUUAGUGGGAGAUUUUUUUGGGGGAAGGGGUGGAAUAUCAAUUUUUAUUGCAUCACCUGUCAGGAGUGUCCAAUCAGCGUUGGCUUUAGGGGAAUUAAUUGAUGAAGGUGUCUCCGGACGAGCUCACUUCACUCUGUCAUUUUAUUUGUAGCUAAAGCAGCGGCGGGAAUAGCAGCUGCAUUUCUUUUCUCUUUCUCCCUUCACAUUCCAUUAUCAUAGGGCUCCCAUGGAGAAGCAGGGUAUAAUAAAGGGGCACAGGUACUGAUCUUCAACAGCAACUUAGACACUGGCAAACCAGAAGCCUGAUGAUUUUUUCCUUUUUUCAAAAAACAAAAGCAAAAGCCAAUCAAGAAUCUGGUCAAUCAGGAUGCCUUGAGACAUAUGCAGCAUCUGGUGGAGGAUUAACAUACAUACAUCUCUAUGUAUGCGUCACAUAUAUAUUUACUGCAAAUGAUGGGAAUCAUUUAAGACCCGAAAUGGGCGACUUGAAGUCGGGCUUUGAAGAGGUGGAUGGCGUGAGGCUCGGGUACCUCAUCAUUAAAGGAAAGCAAAUGUUUGCACUCUCCCAGGUUUUCACAGACUUGCUGAAAAACAUCCCGAGGACCACCGUCCACAAGCGAAUGGAUCAUCUGAAGGUGAAAAAGCAUCACUGCGACCUGGAGGAGUUGAGGAAACUCAAGGCUAUCAACAGCGUUGCCUUCCACGCGGCCAAAUGCACUCUGAUCUCCCGGGAAGACGUGGAAGCGCUCUACACUUCUUGCAAAACCGAACGAGUCCUCAAAACCAAGCGAAGGAAAGUCAGUAGGGCAUUGUCAACAAAGGAGCUCCAACCGGAACACGCCGCCGCCGACCCUUACCCCAGCUUUUGGAAGGACAACCACCAACUUUGGCUGGGAUUGAAUGAAUCGGCGCAGGCUCUGCCAAUCAGCAGGCAGGCUCUGCGUCCCGGGGACGCCGCCUCGCUACCGGCCGUCGAUCUACCUCAGAUUUUUAGCAAAUCCUCGGGUCAGCGUUACCCGGAAAUCGCGCGAUCGCCUUGCAAACCCCCUCUAAACUAUGAAACUGCUCCAGUCCCCGGGAAUUACAUCGCCUUCCACUCGGAUCCCCCGUACUUUCGGAGCCUGCUCUGCAGCAAGCACCCGGCGGCGGCGGCGGCGGCGGCAGCAGCAGCGGCCGCCGCCGCCGCCGCCUACUACCAGUCGUCCGCAGCCCUCCCGCAGCCCAAGCUCGCGCCCGGGGCCACAGGGAGCCCCGUGAGCUUGACUUACAGAUACAAGCGGAAGCGAGCCUGCGAGGCGGGCGGCAAGGACUGCCUGCUGAACCCCCACGCCAGCGCCCGGCGCCUCCUCAUCCUGCCCAGGUCCUACAAAGCCAAGGCGGCGGCGGCGGCGGCUGCAGCUGCUGCUGCUGCUGCGGCGGCGGCGGCGGCGGGGGCCACUUGUCUGGAGCGGUUUCACCUCGUCAACGGCUUCUGUCCCCCUCACCACCACCACCACCAUCAUCACCACCACCACCAUCCCCGGCAGCAGCAACAGCAGCAGCAGCCGCCGCCGCCGCAGCCGCCUGCCCACCAUCCCCCGCACCUCCCCCAUCACCAGCCGCCGCCUCCUCAGCCGCCACCGCCGCCGCCGCCGCCGCCGCCGCCGCAGCAGCAGCAGCAGCAGCAGCCGCCGCAGCAGCAGCCACAUCUGGGCAGCUUCCCCGAGAGUUACAGUAGCGACUCCGAAUCCAGCUCGUACUCGGACCAUGCAGCCAACGACUCGGAUUUUGGCUCCAGUCUGUCCAGUACCAGCAACUCCGUGUCCUCCGAAGAGGAAGAAGAAGAGGAAGAGGGAGAGGAGGAGGAGGAGGAGGAAGAAGAGGAGGAGGAGGAAGACGGGAGUGGCUUGUCGGACUCGAGCGAAGUCAGCUCUGAGGAGGAGGACACGUCUUCGGACUCGGAUUCCAGCUCCGGCUCCAGCCAGGUCUCAGUGCAGAGCAUCCGUUUCAGGCGUACCAGCUUUUGUAAACCCCCCAGCAUGCAGGCGCAGGCCAACUUCUUGUACCACCUGGCCACCGCCGCUACUGCAACCAAACCCGUUGCUUUCGAGGAGGCCGGCAAGCUGCCCGACCUCAAAAGCAAUGUCAAAGCAGAAUCGCCAGAGGAUUGGAGUCAUCAGGGCUGGGCAUCCAAAGCGCCUCCCGUGUGCUGCCCCGGCAGCCUGGGAAGUUGUUUUACAGAGAUAAGGAACGAUAGGGUAUCUGAGAUCACAUUCCCACACUCUGAAAUUUCCAAUAACUUAAAGAGAACUGACCUGACAAUUAACUGCGUUGCAGAGGGGGCCUCUUCACCUAGCCCAAAGACAAACAAUGCAUUUCCACCACAAAGAAUACUCAGAGAGGCAAGGAAAUGCCUGCAAGCUACUACUACUCACUGUGCAGAUAACAAUACAAUACCUUCUAGGUUUUUAAAUGAUUUUGGGGCUGCUGCUGCAGCAAAUUCAGAAAAAGGUUCCAAAACCUCUCAUUGUAUUGAAUUUGCCACGGAUUUGCCCCCUUUACAAACUGAUCCUGAGGUGGAUGCUGCUGUCGCUCCUGCACACCCAAAAUCAGCAGUAGCAGCAGCAGCAGCAGCAGCUAAAACAGAAACUCCGUGCCCUGACUCAGGCAAUAAACCAUUGCCAUUUCUGCACAAUAUUAAAAUCAAAAUAGAGGACAGUAGUGCUAAUGAAGAAUAUGAACCUGACCUUGUUAAGCAUAAGCUAAAGUGUGAGUGCAAUGAUACAAAGGGUGAGUUUUACAGUGUGACUGGAAGUAAGGAGGAGGACGCUUUGUUAACAGCCAAGGAAGAUUUUGCAUGCACUGAAAAAGAAACCACUUCCUUAAAUCCACUGACUCAGAGUCAGGGCCUUUCAUGCACUUUAGGUUCUCCAAAACCUGAGGAUGGGGAAUAUAAAUUUGGUGCGAGGGUGAGAAAAAAUUACAGGACACUGGUGCUGGGAAAGCGACCUGUACUGCAGACUCCUCCAGUCAAACCAAAUUUGAAAUCAGCUAGAAGCCCUCGUCCUACAGGUAAAACUGAGACACAUGAAGGAACACUGGAUGAUUUUACAGUUACCAAUAGACGAAAAAGGGUAGCCAGCAAUGUAGCAUCAGCAGUGAAAAGGCCAUUUAAUUUCAUGGCAAAUUUUCCCUGUCCACCAUCACUAAUUAUUGGGAAUGAUGGGGAUUUGUUGCCGGCUUAUUCCUUAAACACCACUAAGGAUUCCCAACCUCCUCACAAGGCCCAUCCUAUAUGGAAAUGGCAGCUGGGCGGUUCUGCAAUACCUCUUCCACCUAGUCACAAAUUCAGGAAAUUUAAUUCAUAAAAAUAUUUUGGGAGAUAUUUUCUUGAACCAUAUUACCUUCCUUAUGUUGUAAACUGCACGGGAUGGUUUGUACAAGUCCAUUAUGCUUUACACCCCUUUUGGAGUCCUGGUUUAUCACAUUGUGAAGACAGAAAUCGGAUUACUUUUUUUUCAUUGUGGUUUUUUUUUUAGUGGGGUGGGGGUGGGUGGGAGGAGGGUUGGUUUACAUUCCACAGACUACUUCAGGCUAAAGACUCAAGUAAAACUCAGUUAUUAUGGUAGAGCUGGAACACUUUACUGUUUCAAUGCUAAUAAUGCACCGGGUACCUCAAUUCAACUGCUACAAAUAAAUGUCAAAAGGUUGAAUAAUAAAUAUUACAAUGAGCCAUUAAGUUUAUGCACUAGAUUUCGGACAUGGAAGUAUAACUGUUAAUUCAGUGAAAGUUUGUUAAGUUACAUGGUUACACAGGGAGGUAUCAAGAGGGUUCUGUGUGGCCACGCUCUACUUUCCUGGAGCUCUUGUUCCGGUGGUGUAGGGUAUCUUUUCUUUUUCUUUUUCUCCACCCCCCCCCCCAGAGGAGUUGCACUUACUAUUUUUUCUAUAGAGUGGAAAGGUUGGGGUUUGAGUCCUGCUCAAGUACUGGUAAAAGCUGCCUCUUCUAUAAUGAGUAAAAAUAAAUAUGGAAUUGUAUUUUUGGAAAGGUGUGUUUUUACUUGUACAGCCACUCCUUGCAAUUGGAAAAGUAGGGUUGUUUGUUGUUGUUGUUGUUGUUGUCUUAAAUAAGGUUACUGUACCCCACUAAUGUGCUGAAGUUGUGGUCUGAAAAUGCCCCUUAAAGCUUGCAAAGCAACUAAAAUAUUUCCCUGGAUAGGAGGACAAUUUAUAGCCCACCUCCUGAUAGCAAAUAGAGCAAAAAAGUUAAUAUAACCCAGAAAAGUCAAAUGAGAGGUCAGAAAUGGCUAGAACACCACCAAUGCAAAUACCAGGCUGUCCAGGGCCUUUUGGUACCAGAACUCAGGCAUUUGAAUUUUGUUACCCAUUUCUUUUUUUUCCUGCAUCUCUCUAAACUUCAGUUUCCCUCACCAUCCUGUAUAUAGAGCAAGAGUAUCUCUACUGCAAGUGACAAUCAGAGAUGAUUAUCUAUAUUUGCACUUAAUAUCAAAGUAGUGGAACAUGCAGAUGGCUAGGGUGUAGCCCUUGGUCAGGGCCGUGCUGGUGUAAUAUGUUGUGAUGAUGGAAGCAGUAAAUCAAAAUUAUGGAAAUUUGCACUGUUGAAAAGCAUGCUUUAGCUUUAUUUUCAAUUAAAAACAUUGUUUAAAAUUCCUGGUUCCAUACAUUUCGACUUAUUCAAGAUUGAAGUAUAAUUAAUAGGAAUGAAUGGUUUUCUUGGC